AUGCUUCUGUAUCCGAUAAUGAUGAUCAUAGCCAUACCGCUCGCAAUUGGCUCAUUGUUUUUCUUGUUGCCGAUGUCGAUCACAUAUUGUUUUGUUUCGAUCAUCAGAUGCAUUCCAGUUGUUUCAAAGGCCUGUGACGUUCUUGGCAUGUUGUCGACGGCGGCCGGCUGCUUUGGCUUCGAACAGUGGCGAGAUAUGCUCCGUGAAAAUUGCGAAGCAAACCGUAAACGAGAAAUUGCACUUGCGCAAGCGCGAGAGGAAGUCAGCGAAAGAGACAGAUCGUCAGCAGUUCAAAGUGCAGCUCCACCUGCAGCUCCACCUGUUUGA